GUUGAAGUUCGAAUCAGACCUCAGGAAGUGCUCUGAUCCUGCAGAAUGGACUGUGGUUUUGUACAGUAAAUAUUAAAUGUCUUUCAUACCCAUUAAGUGUCGAGCUUAUGACAUGUCUGUCACUCCCUGUUUAGUUGAUCGAUGGAGCGAGGAGAAUAACGGCAUAAUUUCGAGGUGGAAGCAAAAUGAACGAAGCCUUGAGCCAAAUCAGGAUGUCCAGAAACGAUGCUAUUCAGAAAGCCUCAAACUGCAUCAGAAAAUUCAAGGCAUACCAGCAGCUACUGAACGACUCAAGCUUGAAAUGACAGUUUCAUACAACAGGUUUUUAUUCUCACUGGGUUUCUCCAUCUCAAGUGAGAUAGAAGAAAGUCUCACUCAUAUUUUAUUAAGAGCUUUAGAUGCUGUUGGAUCUCAGGUUCCCACUUCUGAUCCAGUUAUGUUGUGGCAGGUUGUUCUACAGACUUUUGGCACCUCAGUCUUUGUGCCAUAUGUCCACAAACUUCUGUUGAUCCAGUGGAUGCUUUGGCUUAUGCAGUGUCAGUUAGAUAAAAUUCUUGCUCUUCUGAAACAGACUAAUAACAAGAAAGAGCUCUCAGCACCUGUGAAUCUACAGACAGUAAUACGAAACCUUGCUUUGACCAUGGAAGAGGACUCCUCGCUAAUGGUUGCCAUGGCAGCAAAGGACCUCAAGGAUCUUUUGCACAUCUGCACCGUUAUUGCCCAAGGGGUGGAACAAAUGAAUGAGGAAAAAUACUCAGAGGCCCUUGAAGCUUUUCAGGAGGCUAAAGGCCACCCAAGUCCCAGAAGGCUCUUGGCACAGAUCCACACACUUACAGGCCAGAGUUUUGCUAAGCUGGGCCAGCCACAUUGUGCACUCCACUGUUACAGGAAAGCUGUGGAGGUGGACUUCACGUGCCAUAGCGCACUCUAUCAAAGUGUACUGGUAUUCAGACAGCUUGCUAAUCCAAAGGCUGAAAUGGAGGCCUUAUGUCUUCUUUACUCAGUGGAUGCUGCACACUGGUGGUGGUUGGGGAGAUUCCCCUGCUAUGAUGUAAAGCACUUUGAGUGCUUAGAAAAGCGCUAUUUAAAUGCAAUACAGUUGCAGUCUGACAAAAGUUCAUCUAGUGCUUCACUAGUCUCCCCAGCUAUGCUGCUUGCUGGUGAUCAGAUGACCUGCAUUAGCAGGGUCCCCUCCCCCUCUCUGAUUCUGCAUUCUUUGGCUCGCACAUGUAUGCUCAAUAGCAGUAUUUCAGAUGGUGUUGAGCACUAUCUUGAUCUCCUGGCAUCACUGCAGUCAGAGGGCAAAGAGCUUAUAUCCACAGGGGAUGGCACUUCUUUUCCUAGGAUCCCAGUGGUCUACCUUGAAGCAGCAUUUGCUUUGUUUAAAGCUCAAAAGUAUCGUGAUGCUCUUGUGAUCUGUGAAGAGGUCAUUACCAGCACUCUGGACUUCAUCCCUGAGAGACUGUUACUUGAUCUGCCCAUGGCAGGACUGCAUUUAGCUGGAUCCACAACAGUGAGUCCAGAUUCGGACAUUGUUCUCGAAAAUGUGGACUUUGUGUUAUGGGCUGGUGCAGCCCAUCUGCUUCAAGCACAAGCCCACUGGAAACUGAAGGACAACAAAGAGGCAAUCACAAAUUUUACAAGAGCUGUUAACCAACUGGUGAAAGUGUUUAUUAAACAGAAAGACUGGAAACAAAAAACUCUAGGGAACACUGAAGCAAUGGUUGAAAAAAUGUUGACUUUGGACGCAGCGAAAGGUCAAGCACUAGCUGGCAGAGGGCUCUGUUUUCUGGAAAAAGGUCAAUUAAAAGAGGCCCUGAGAGAUCUUCAUCUCAGUCUCCAGAUCUGCCCAGGUUGUAAGAAUACUGAGAUGUGGCUAACUGAGGUCUUUUGGAGGCUUGAUCGUAAGGACGAAGCAUUAGUACACUGGAGAGAGGCCCAUAAUGCCACAAAUACACCUACAUCAAUAAAACUACCGCUGUAUUUGCAAGCAUGGCAAGACGAUACAGUUUUUGACUUCAGUGACCUUAAGAAGAAGAUGGAGGACUUCAUUCAAACCAGAAAUGUAAAAAAACCCUAGAGAGGAUGCUCCUUACUGUCCUGAAUUACACCAUCACUUUUUGGAUUGUUCAAAGAAGCAGCACAUACCCAAAGGACAGUGGACAGUUGAAAUAUGUACUGCAAUCUCCAUUUCGUUCAAAUGUAACCAUAUAAGAUGCUUUUGCUAUAGAUCUGCUACUGUAGCUUGAGUUUCAUCUAUAAGGAAAUGGCAUUAAGGAGCUGCAGUAAUCAGCUGCCACAAAUAUGAUGUACUGUCAACAGUCAGCCACUGCCAGUGAGAUUCCAUUCUUGGCAUGAGUGAUUGGCGACUAUCAACUUUUCAGAUCUAAUGACUUAUGUGCUAAAGAGAAGAAUGCAUGCAGACUGGUAUUGGGGAUGUGCUGUGUUCUUGAGAAAUAAAUAAACAUUAUUUAUAAUGGAAUCCUUUGUUGAACAUAAAUCAACUCUGCAAAUAAAGUAUUUUAUCCUUAAA